AUUCUUUUAAGUGAAAGUAAAACGAACAAUUACCACUGAUUCAAAUACCCGUUAUUAAAAAUAUGAGAAUUCUACUGAUCUUUGCAUUAAUUGGCAUUUGUGCCUUGGGUGGUGGAAAGGCUGUGGUAACACCACACAACAAUCCUGUUGUUAUACCGACAGCAGUACCUCUUAACACUUUGGCUCAGGAUUUGGAUGAAAUUAAGCGUUUAAUUCCCACAAAACCCAUACAGCAAUUGGCCAUACGUUAUCUGCUCAACGAUGCACAAUUUCAAACAUUCGUACGCCUUAUUAACUCUCACGAUGGUUAUAUGACACAAAUGCGUUUCCGUUCUCAACCCGAAGUUAUGCGUCUUACAUCCUGGAUACGUAGCCAAAUAAUGUUGUCAGCUGUGGACUUGGAAUCAGAUGAAUCUAAUGAAUCUUUGAGAAUUAUCAAUCGUUCUCCAUUCUGGUCUCAAAAUGUUUACGGUUGGCAGGGAUUUGUUAAUGAAUUUCUUCUUUACUAUCCUGAGGAUAUGAUACGUACGCAUGUUCAAUCGAAAGUUGCUCAAAAUGGAAUUUUUGCUCAGUUUGUUCAACGCGUUAGAGAUUUGAAGCCUGUUUAUGAUCGUGUUAUUGCCUUGCCGGAGGCACAACGUUUAAUUCGUAAAUUGCAAGCAAAUGGUAUUGAUACAGCUGCCCUUGAUACAUUCAUUCGCAAUCAAUUUGGUUGGCAACAGACUUUGUAAGUUGCUGCUCCAGCACCACAGCAGAUCCAGGGAUAAAAUUCCAGCUGCAGCAUUGAAGUGAUCUGAUUUUAAUAUAUUAUAUUUUUUACAUUUUACGAAUAAUGUGCAUUUUAAUGUUUUCUACUAAUCUUAUGAACGUAUCAACUUUAUUAAAUUUAUUUAUUAAUACAAAUCAUACUAAAA